AAAACUAACUACUGGUGAUGUGUUCAUAGGAGUAUUCUUGGGGAGAAAGCUUUGUUAACAUAGCUUCUCCUUUUAUCACUCGUUCUACUUGUUCAUCAAUUUCACUGAAACUCUGCAAGAGAAGAAUCGGAAGAAGUUAAGCCCUAAGUCAUGAGUCGUGGAAGUGGAGGUGGAUACGAUCGUCACAUCACAAUUUUUUCACCCGAAGGCCGUCUAUUUCAAGUUGAAUAUGCAUUUAAGGCUGUAAAGGCUGCUGGAAUUACUUCUAUUGGUGUUCGGGGUAAAGAUUCAGUUUGUGUGGUGACCCAAAAGAAGGUUCCGGAUAAGCUUCUGGAUCAAUCAAGUGUCUCACAUCUUUUCCCUAUAACAAAGUACCUUGGGUUGUUAGCAACAGGCUUGACAGCUGAUGCCAGAACCUUGGUUCAGCAAGCAAGGAGUGAAGCAGCUGAGUUUCGUUUUAGAUAUGGAUAUGAGAUGCCGGUGGAUGUAUUAGCUAAAUGGAUAGCUGAUAAAUCGCAAAUCUAUACUCAGCACGCCUAUAUGAGACCACUUGGAGUAGUUGCUAUGGUUUUAGGUAUUGAUGAUGAGUUUGGACCUUGUCUCUACAAAUGUGAUCCAGCUGGUCAUUUUUUUGGUCACAAGGCUACGAGUGCUGGAUUAAAAGAGCAGGAAUCAAUCAAUUUCUUGGAAAAGAAAAUGAAGAACGAUCCAGAGUUCACCUAUGAAGAGACAGUACAGACUGCAAUUUCAGCCCUCCAAUCGGUUCUGCAAGAGGACUUCAAGGCAAAUGAAAUUGAGGUAGGAGUGGUGAGGCAAGGAAAUCCUGUGUUUAGAGUGUUGACAACCGAGGAGGUCGACGAACAUCUGACUUCAAUAAGUGAACGUGACUGAAUGGAACCAGAUUGGAGGCGAAAUGUUGUUGAAAGCUCCUUUUUGUAUCAGAUUGUUGUUUGUUUAGAGCAUUUGCUUCCCAUCUUAGUUGCAGAGACUGUUCUUCUCAAUUUCUGCCUUUUUGUAUUUGAUGUCUUGGAUUUUUUUUUUUAAUGUAUGAUGUGUUGCUCAUCCAAUAUAUUAUUAUAUCCCCCACAAUUUCAUUUAUCA